AUGGAUGAGAAAAAACCUUUUAUUUCGAUGAAUGAAGAUAUUCAAUCGAAAUUAGAUAAGAAACUAGGUCCGGAAUAUAUUUCCAAGCGUAUUGGAUUUGGUGCUACUAGGGUGGCUUAUAUUGAAGGGUGGAAAGCUAUAAAUCUUGCAAAUCAAAUUUUUGGUUAUAAUGGUUGGUCUACUGAGGUUAAGUCAGUUGUAAUUGAUUUUCUAGAUGAACGUCAAGGUAAAUUUUCAGUAGGUUGCACUGCAAUAGUACGAGUUACACUUGCUAAUGGAACAUAUAGAGAAGAUAUCGGUUAUGGGACGGUGGAAAAUGAACGCAGGAAGGCACCAGCAUUCGAAAGAGCAAAAAAGUCAGCCGUCACUGAUGCAUUAAAAAGGUCCCUUAGAGGAUUUGGCAAUGCUCUUGGUAACUGUUUAUAUGAUAAGGCGUUUCUAGCUAAGAUUGAUAAAGUUAAAUUCGAUCCUCCUGAUUUCGAUGAAGGAAAUUUAUUCAGACCAAGUGAUGAAAUAAGUGAAAUAUCUAGAUCAACUACAAUGGUACAAGAUUCAAAUAUGGUUGAAAACAACAAUUCUCGAAACAGCAACCACUACGAACAGAACAAGAGAAGACAGUUAACAAAAAUUGGGAAUGAAUCUGUGAAAAGAGAAGAAAGCACAAGUAAUUUAAAUGAAAGUGCGGAUAAACAUUUGAAAGCAACUGGUCAACCAUAUCAUGAAGCCAAUGCUGAACAUUUAAAUUAUGAAAAUCAAAAUAAUAUAGCUUCCAACGAUCCUGACAGCUUAAGUAAAGAUGAUGAAUUAUUGGACGAUUCAUUUAUGUUUAGUGAUGAGUUUCAAGAAGAAGAUUUUAUAAAUGGAGAAAAACAAUCCACGGCUUCAAACGGUAGCGCCAUUUCAAAUGAAAUACGAAAAGCUCCAGGAGUUUCCAAAAAGUCUUCAAUUUCACCUGGCGUCGAUGAACCUGCAACAUUCGUUACUGCCAAAGCAGCAACUGCAGUUCAAGAUCAGUCUACUAUUACUGAAGAUAAUGUAUUUGAUCCUAAAUUCCAAGCACAAUCUAUUAGACACACUCUAGAUCAGACUACAUCUGCAGCCAUUCCAGUUAGUCUGCUGAAAGAAAAGGGUAUGCCUAACAUGAGAGAAUCUGUUUACGAAAAAUUUGCUCCUAAAGGUAAACAAUUACAAGAAGUUGCCAAUACCAAUAUGAAUGCUAACGCUAGCGCUAAUACUAACACUGUCGAGCAACCAGAAACACCUGUAACCACACCAGCAAGUUUAAAUACCACCAAUAUAUCUAAAACGCCUUCAUCGAUCGCACCAACAAUAACCUCACCCGCAAGUCAUGCUUCAGUAACAGUCACUCCAACUGCUCGUGUGAAUAAUGCCCCAGCUCAAAUUUCUCCAAAUAUCCAACCGGGAGCAAAUAGAUUUGCACCACCUUCAACAAUCGUCCAUCCAAAUACUUUUAACCCAAAAACUAUACCACCAACAGCGCCACCAACAGCAAGAAGAGAAGUCGGAAGACCAAAAAUCAUACAAUACCCUCGCAAAUGA